AUGAUACAUAUACUUCUACUAUUGUUGACAUUCUGUACUUAUAAUAUUAAUGCAACAUCAAAACAGCCAGUUAUACGUAACUUUACUAUAAUUGGUAAUGAUUUUAUGAAAGAUGGACAACCUUACCGAAUUAUAGCAGGAAGUAUACACUAUUGGCGUAGUUUACCCCAGGAUUGGCAAAACCGACUUAGCUUAAUUAAAAAACUCGGAUGUAACACUAUAACAACAUAUAUAUGGUGGGCAUUACAUGAACCUGAAGAUGGCAUGUUUGUAUUCGAUAAACCAGAACAUGACUUUCUAUUAUUUAUUCAAUUAGCACAUAGCUUAGAUCUGUUAGUUAUUGUCGGUAUUGGACCAUAUAUAACGGGCGACGUUGAUUUUGGUGGAUUUCCAUAUUGGAUAACAAAGCAAAAACAAAUUUCUAUACGCCGCCCAAAUCAAGUAUAUUAUCAAUUGAUUGAUCGUUAUUUUGAUCAAUUAAUUCCACGUUUAGUUCCAUUACAAUACCAUUUAGGUGGAAAUAUAAUUAAUUUUCAAAUCGAAGAUGAUUCUGAUUUACCAUUAAUUAGUUUUGAUGAUAGUCAUUUAUAUUAUGGAUAUUUACGUGAUGGUUUAAUUAGGCGUGGUAUUCAAACUUUAAUAAAUACUCUAGCCUGGCCUGAUAGUCUAUCAUUAGAAAAAGCCAUUAUACCGAAUACAUGGACAGCAUUAGAAUAUACAAUUCAUCAUUCAACACCCGAUGCAUUAGCUACAUUACGAAAGCAUUUGCCAGAUAAUAAUCCAUUUAUGGUUAUGGAAUAUUAUCCAGCGUGGAUGGAUUAUGAAGGAAAACCGCAUCAAACCAUGGACAGUGAACAAUUUUCCAAUGGAGUUGAUAAAAUAUUAUCUUAUAAUGGUUCAAUUAACUUUUAUAUGGUAUUUGGCGGAACUAAUUUUCAAUUUACAAAUGGUGGCGAUUGGACACUUGUAUAUCAUUCAAUAACAACAUCUUAUGAUUAUGACACUAUGAUAACAGAAUGUGGUGAUGCGCAUCAAACAAAAUUUAAAGCUGUGCGUGAUGUCAUUGGAAAAUAUCUUCCAUUAGAGCCAAUGCCAACACCAUUGCCAUCGUCAAAAGGUUUGUAUGGUACAAUUCAGUUUGAUUCUCAAGCUGAAUUAAUUCAAAAUCUUCGUCCAUUUGAUGUUCUUUACAAUAGUAACACACCAAUUCAAUUUGAAUAUCUUAAUCAAAGUUAUGGUUACAUACUUUAUUCUACACAAUUGAGAAAUUUUAUUGACAUCAUUGAACCAUUAUUAUUACCAUGGAUGCAAGAUCGAGCUGUUGUCUCAUUAGAUGGAAUUGUGCAAGGUUGUAUUGGAUGGAGUGAAAAAGAUCCAAUAACAAUACUGAAUUGA